UCUGUUUCAGUCUGCGCAGGGAACAGGAAGAGUGUGCAUGAGAGUGCGUGUGUGUGAGAGAGAGAGGACGAGAGCUCGCUGUACUGUAUCGGGCAGCCAUGGGCAAUGCACAGAAGAAGGGCCCCGGUUACAGAGAAGGAGGGGGCCCAAACUCUCAACCCGGGACACCGGGGCGCAGGAGGAGCCAUGGACUAAAUAACGCAGCCAACUCAAAGGAAGUCCCAGGCAGCAGCCCGGCAGCGAAUGGUAGCCUUCCAGCCGGCAAGAGCCAGGAUGAGCCUCAGGGACUCGGAUCUGCCGGGGAAAGCUGUAAUCUGGACGCCCCGUGUGGAGCCCUUCCUCCUCCACUGGCCCGGCUCAAAAACCAGGGCAAUAUGUUGUUCAAGAAUGGACAGUUUGGGGACGCGCUGGAGAAAUACACACAGGCCAUUGACGGAUGUAUAGAAGCUGGUAUCGACAGCCCAGAGGAUCUCUGUGUUCUGUACUCCAACAGAGCUGCGUGCUUCCUCAAAGAUGGAAACAGCGCAGACUGCAUUCAGGACUGCACCAGGGCGCUGGAGCUCCACCCCUUCUCGCUGAAGCCCCUCCUCCGGCGAGCGAUGGCCUAUGAGUCUCUGGAGCGCUACAGGAAAGCCUAUGUGGAUUACAAAACAGUGCUGCAGAUUGACAUCAGUGUGCAGGCCGCUCAUGACAGUGUGCACAGAAUCACUAAAAUGCUGAUAGAGCAGGACGGUCCUGACUGGCGAGAAAAGCUUCCGGAGAUUCCAGCGGUUCCUCUUUCUGCUCAGCAGCACCGCAAAGAAGAGCCCAGCGCAGAGCUCCUGCAGGCCCGAGCAGAAAGAGCAGAACAGGAGAAAGCCAGAAAAGCAGAGGCUCGAUUCACAAUACUGAAACAAGAAGGAAAUGACAUGGUGAAGAACAGCCAGUUUCAAGGUGCCUCGGAAAAAUACAGCGAGUGUCUGGCCAUCAAACCCAACGAAUGUGCCAUUUACACCAACAGAGCGCUGUGCUUUCUCAAGCUGGAACGUUUCGCAGAAGCCAAAAAGGACUGUGAUUCUGCACUUCAGAUGGAGCCAAAGAACAAGAAAGCAUUUUAUAGACGAGCACUGGCACACAAAGGCUUGAAGGAUUACCUGUCAGCCAGCACUGAUUUACAGGAAGUACUGCAGUUGGAUCCAAAUGUCCAGGAGGCCGAGCAGGAGCUGGAGACGGUCACUAACCUGCUAAGAGAAAGUCUACUGGCUAAUGCUCAAGGUUGACAGCGAAGCAAUAAAUGAUGAGAUGAACAGAGAUCUGCAGGAAGAACAGACCCUCUUAUCAUUAAAGCCAGACACAGCGGAUCCACCGAGCCUGAGACUCCCAGCUCAGAGAUGCCAGCGUCCCACAGCGAGGCUCCAUUCAUCUCUGUGCAGACCGUCAUGCGCCGCAACUAAAGUUUCCCUUCCAGCAAACCCUCAUCUCACGUUCUCCUAGGAAUAUUGUGUCUGAUGCAAUGCUGACUAUGCAAAGCAUGCAAAACUGUUCAUACUCUCUAACACUGGCUUCAAUAGGCACGUGCGAGCAUGGCACGGGUGGGAAGCGCGUAAUAGGAUUUUGUGAGUUAUGACGGGAUGGUUAAUGUGUAUAUGAGAGAGAAUGUGCCUUUUAUAAGAAGCUCUGGCUCACGUAUUGAGUGAUUUAACACUCUCAGAUGAAAUUGUAUAGAAAGAUUUUAAUUUGCUACAUUAAAAAUGUCUCAUUUCUCAGGAUUUAAUAUAUUUUUAAUAGCUAGUUCAUAGUACUGUGUCGCAUGUACAUGUAGCUCAUGUAGUUUUUUUGACAUCUUUCAGCCUUCAGUUUAACUAUUGUCUCAAUACGCAUAGAUAAAACACUAUUUCACACUGUAUGAAUGUACAAUAACACAGAUGCUGUUUUGUUCUUUCUUUUUUGGGAUGUCAGCAAAAGAAAUGUUUCAGGGAAAAAAUGCAUCAGCUAAUAAAUGGCUUUAUAAACUUC